UCGCAAGACAGCGAGCUGGACCAGAACCCGGCCGAGAGUCGACUUUCCUUCAGAUCCGGAGAGCAGAAAGGCACUACUUCAAAGCCCUUCUCUGACCUUUGCAGAACCCAUUGUGAAAGCUUACCGGGACGUUGCCGUGUUUACUGUAUAGUGUAUUUAUAACAGCAGAUCAAGAGACUCCUGGGCCGAAUUCCUCCCAGGGAAUGUUUCCGUUGCUCCCUGGGGGACGAGCCGAGCAGCCGCACACUUUGCCUGAAUCGAGAAGGGAGCACUACGUAAACCACAAAGCACCUUUUAAGCUCAAAAAACCCAGCGCUGCUGCCUUCAGGGGACGUAAACGGCUGCGAGCCAGAGAGAUAACCUGGUCUCCUAUUAGCAGGUCCCUGGAUGCCCCACGGUGCCUUGUCCUCGGCCGCCCAGUGCUUCCCAAUGGCCGGGAGUUGACCCCGCCCACCAGGAUGACGCUGCGCGAGCAGCUAAGGGAGAAGAUCUCGGCGGCCUUUUACCGCCACGGGCUGCUGUGCGCCUCCUACCCAGUACCCAUCAUCCUCUUCACAUCUGCUAGCAUCCUCACCUGCUGCUAUCCGUUGUUGAGGCUUCCCCUGCCCGGGACAGGUCCUGUGGAGUUCACCACAGGGGUGCGAGACUACAGCGUCCCUUCCCAUGAGCCACAGGGAGACCUCGGAGAAAGGCCCGACUGGUAUCGGGGCCCUCCGGUCGCCUACAUCCAGCAGGUGUUGGUGAAGGCGGCGGUGUCUCCGUGGGACAGCAGCCUGGUGCCGGUGGACAUGUUCCGAUCGCCGCUGGGCCAAGUCUUCAGCCUGCUGGAGGAGAUCCGCAACCACGUCCACUCUGACGGCUCGGGGGUUCGGAGUCUGGAGACGCUGUGUCUCCAGGUGACAGACCUGUUUCCAGGAUUACGGCGGAUGCAGUCGGUGCUGCCGGAGCACGGCUGCCUGCUCGUUUCUCCUGGAAACUACUGGCAGAACCAGCGCGAGCUGUUCGACUCGGACUCGGACCUCCUCAAGACCAUCCAGAAGCACGAACCUAAAGGCCUGCACACCUCUGCCACGCUGCGAGACCUGCUGUUCGGCGUUCCCGGGAAGUACACAGGUGUCAAUCACUACAACAGGAAGAGGGUGGUGACAUACACGAUCACUGUAGUGCUGUCCAGCUACGAUGCAAGGUUCCUUGGCAGCCUGCGGGCUCGUCUGAAGCAGCUCCACCCGUCAGCCAACUGCAGCCUGAGAGACGACCACAUGGUUCACGUCCACUUCAAGGAGGAGAUCGGCAUCGCAGAGCUCAUCCCCCUCGUCACCACAUACAUCAUCCUUUUCGCCUACAUCUACUUCUCCACACGUAAGAUCGACAUGGUGAAGUCCAAGUGGGGUCUGGCUCUGGCUGCUGUGGUCACAGUUCUCAGCUCUCUGCUCAUGUCUGUGGGAUUGUGUACACUGUUUGGACUGACACCCACGCUCAAUGGAGGUGAGAUUUUUCCGUACCUCGUGGUGGUGAUCGGCCUGGAGAACGUCUUGGUCCUCACCAAGUCUGUGGUGUCUACGCCCGUCGACCUCGAGGUCAAACUCCGCAUCGCUCAGGGCCUUAGUAAUGAGAGCUGGUCUAUCAUGAAGAACAUGGCCACUGAACUGUGCAUCAUCCUCAUUGGAUAUUUCACUCUAGUGCCAGCUAUCCAGGAGUUCUGUCUGUUUGCUGUGGUGGGGCUGGUGUCUGACUUCUUCUUGCAGAUGUUCUUCUUCACCACAGUACUAUCUAUAGACAUCCGCCGCAUGGAGCUGGCUGACCUGAACCGCCGCCUGCCAGCGGAAGCGGGUCUUCCUCCACCCAAGCCCGGCCCGCUGCGUCCACGUGAGGUCCCCCCUCCCCCGAGACCUUCCCCUCACACGAUCACCCUGCAGACCCCGGCCUUCAGGAACCUGAGGCUUCCCAAGAGGCUGCGUGUGGUUUACUUCCUGGCCCGCACACGCCUGGCUCAGCGCAUUAUCAUGGUCGGCACGGUGAUCUGGAUCGGCAUCCUCGUCUAUACCGACCCGGCCGGGCUGCGCACCUACCUGGCCGCGCAGGUGUCUGAGCAAAGCCCUCUGGGAGACCCCGGGGGAGGCGGGCUGCCCCCUCACCUUGGGGUGGCCCCUGUCUUCCGCGGAGGAGAUCCUACCAGCACCCUCAGCGUCCACCCCGCACCAGAUCCGACCCCCUUACCCGAGAACCAAUCGCAGGGUCACCACGGCUCAGGCAGGGCAGAGCCUCUCCCCCAGGCCCCGCCCACCGUGCCUCAGAUCACCUGGGGGUCGGAGGAUGAGGAGGGAUGGAGGAGACUCUCCUUCAGGCACUGGCCAUCGCUCUUCAGCUACUAUAACAUCACUUUAGCCAAGAGGUACAUCAGCAUCUUACCCGUCAUUCCCGUCACCGUUCACCUGAGCCCGCAGGAGGCCAUCGAGACGCGUCACCCUCAGGACACCAGGCACCCACCGCCACCCAUUCCCAAGGUCUCUGCAGAUCUACAGACGGACCUCACCCUCUACAAGGUGGCAGCUCUGGGCCUGGCUGCGGGCGUCCUGCUGGUUCUGCUGCUCUUCUGUCUCUACCGGGUUCUGUGUCCAAGGAACUACGGACAGAACGGCGUCGCCCACGGGCGCCGGCGCCGAGGGGACCUGCCCUGUGACGAUUACGGUUACUCGCCGCCCGUCAGCGAGAUCUCACCGCUCCUGCUGAGGGGCCACAGUAUGGACAUCGAGUGUUUGGCCAGCGACGGGAUGCUGCUGGCUAGCUGCUGCCUGGCGGGACAGAUUCGGGUUUGGGACGCCCAGACUGGUGACUGUCUGACUGUCAUCCCAAACCACGGGCUGAGGCGGAGCAGCAGCAGCGGCUGCUGGGAUCAGCGGGACGGCUGGGACAGCAUGAGCGGCGCCGCCGAGUCGGAAUGUUUAGGCUCCGAAGGUCGCGACACGUCCAUCAGCGGCGACGGCCUAUCAGAGGACGAGGGCUACCCGCUGAGACGCCGCACCGCGCCCGCCCGGCCCGUCCUCUUCACCGACCAGCCGGAUCUCACCCCGCUCAUCGACACCAACUUCACCUCUCAGCCACCCUGCCACCUCUCCACCCCUCCCAGAGGAGGCUUUGACUUUGGAGGCCUGGUGGAGCGUGCCUACAUGGAGCACGAGCCCCCCUCGCCCUCCGCCUACCCUUCUCCCUCUUCAGCAUCAUCCUCACCGCCCUCAGGUGCUCAGCUCCAUAGUUUAGGGGAUGCAGGAGCCCCUCUGAACCAAGAGAGGGCCUCCGCAGCAGGGACACAUGCAACCGCGGACUGGGACAGCUCAGUCUGGGCCAUGGAGCUGAGAGGAAAUCUGAUAGCUGCCGGGAGGAGCAGCGGGAAACUGGAGUUGUGGGACGCGGUGGAAGGGUCGCUACGCUGCAGUAACGAAGACGGCGUCUCGGGGAUCACAGCUCUAGCCUUCCUCAACAACAGAAUCGUAGCGGCUCGGCUCAACGGGUCUCUAGAUUUCUUCACCGUUGAGAUAAACAAACCUCUGGGUCUGCUGCAGUACAGAGGUGCCCCCGGGCGAGGCAGCAUGCCUCCCUCUCCCUGUUACAGCAGCGAGGACGUGAUCAGCUGCCAGCUCACGCGCUCGGUGCAGUGCGCUCAUCAGAAGCCGAUCACGGUGCUGCGAGCGGCCGCCGGGAGGGUGGUCACCGGCAGCCAGGAUCACACAGUCCGGGUUUAUCGUCUGGAGGACUCGUGCUGCCUCUUCACCCUGCAGGGUCACUCUGGAGGGAUCACAGCCAUUUACAUAGACCAGACGAUGGUUCUGGCGAGCGGCGGGCAGGACGGCGCCAUCUGCCUGUGGGACGUCCUGACAGGGAGCCGCGUCAGCCAUGUUUACGGUCACCGCGGCGACGUGACCUCGCUGGUCUGCACCACCUCUUGUGUCAUCAGCUCAGGACUAGAUGACCUCAUCUGUAUCUGGGACCGCAGCACGGGGAUCAAGCUCUACUCCAUACAGCAGGACGUGGGCUGUGGGGCCAGUCUGGGAGUGAUCUCAGAGUCUCUCCUGGUGACGGGGGGUCAGGGCUGCGUCUCUUUCUGGGACCUGAACUUUGGGGACCUGCUGCAGACGGUCUACCUGGGCCAGAGCAGCGACGGCCAAGGAGUCCGGCAGCUGCUGGUGCUCGACAACGCCGCCAUCGUCUGCGACUUCGGCAGCGAGCUCAGCCUGGUGUACGUACCCUCGGUGCUGGAGAAACUGGACUGAGAGAGACGGACGGUAAAGACGUGGCGGUUAAUGUCGGUGGGAGCACUCGAAGAAACAAAAAAACAACAUGCACUCAAAACAUUCUUCUCCUGUUCAUCAUUUCGACUUUCCCACUGUUUUUUUUUUGCUCUUUUUGUUGUUUAUUGAUCAUUAGAUCAUACACAAGGCUCUUUUUUUUUUUUAUAGCAGUGAGUUUUAAAUGCAAGCCCGGGACACAACCUGCUGCAUUUUAUCAUCAGAGGGUGACAGACCCCCCCACGAGAUCACAUGACAUUUAACGAGGGUCAUGAGGUCCGUUCAAGAAAAAGCUGGAUGUUUCUCUUCCCUAAAGAGGAUCCACCAGUCACCAGUUUGUGCUUUUGUGUGUGUGUGUGUGUGUGUUUGUUUUUGUGGCUCUGCCCUCUAUGCUGCUGAUACGAGUGGGGCUUCUGAGGGAGGACCCCCCCCCUCCUCCUCCCCACCCGCCCAGAGAGGAAGAUAAAAACGGUCUUCUUAUUUUUUAAAUAUUCCCGCUGCCUCGUUCGCUCCACAGCGACGCGCAGCCACAGCUCGACGGGUCCACGGCCUGUUGGGAUAAGCUAAGCAGUUAUACAGAAAUGUGUGUGUGUGUGUGUGUGUGUGUGUGAGAGAGAGAACGUGAGACUGAAUGCAUGAAUGAAUCUGCCCUUUUUAUGACAAAACACUGCUGAGAACAAAAAUCGAUUGGUUACGUGUGUGUGUGUGUGUGUGUGUGUGAGAGAGAGAACUGAUGAUUACUGUAUAAAGUAAACCUCCAGAGGGGGCUGUUUUUAUAUGUAUAAAUCUAUUAUUUAUUAGCGAUACAUUUUUAAUAACAGUUUGUUUAUGAAUGGCUAAUCCUGGCUCUUAUACAAGAAUAUAAUGUGGAGAUGGUGACAUAACUGUAAGAUGGUGAUUUUUUUGGGGAGGGGAGGGGGAGCGGGGUGGGGCAUUGGUUUUAAAAUAAUUAUUUGUAAUAUUGAACUGGAAACACUGAAGUGUUUGUCGUUAUGGAGUCGGGGGUUUAAGCCUCUGAUUCUGGGGUUACUGAUGCUGUUCGAGGGGCCCCCCCCGAGGCCCCCCACCCCUCAGGCCCCCUGUAUGCUACACCUUCAUCAGGCUACCUCCAUUUUCCAAAACUGCUUGAAUUUUGGAUGAGAAUACUGACGUCAUCGCCGCGCACAGGCUGUCGACGGCUGACGUCAUGUUUACAUUGGCUACUGUAUUUUUUUAAAAAUUUGUGCCCUUUAGAGAUUUUUUUUUUUUUUUUUUUAAAUCGCUGUUUACUGUAACUGAUUCAUCUUAAACAGUUUUCAAUCCCGGAUUUUCCAUUUUGGCCACAAGCAAAAAUAAAACUUUACUGUACUUUGUCCGACGUCGGACCUCACAUCACAUUACAGUACGUUUUCUAGCCAUCGCCAUGUUGUUGAUGCACACGGAAGUGGAGCCAGUCAGUGAAAAUGUGAAGGCAACAAAUAGCUAUAAAAAAAAAAAAGAAGGCUAUAAAUCAAACGGCACCCAAAGACUUUGUGUCUCCUUUUAAAACGUUGCUCAAUUUUAUGCCCCUAUUAGCUAAAAAUACACAUAAUAUAUACACAGAUGCUCAAAAGCGUCGCCCUUGCUGUUAGACAAUGUUUCAUACUUAAAUUUGUUAAUAUAUUUGACAUUUAAUUCUAAAAAUCUGCAACUGAAUCGGACUCCUGAUGUAUCCCAGGGCUGUGACACUUAAACUAACUGUUGUCUGCAUUUCAUUUCUUAUAAACUUUGAGAGGUACGCACAUCAAAAAAAAUCUCCUGCUGGACCAAACGAGCAAAAAUUUUGAAUUCACACACUGUUCAUUGGUUCCCAUAAUGUUCUUUUUUUUUUCACUGUUGUUGUGCAAAGUCUCAGUCAGUAAUAGAUCUUCAUCAGGCACGAAACAUUUCCUUAAGCUUCACAUAUCAACUCAAAGUGAUGACGAUAAACAACAAACGGCCAUCGGUUACAACCUUAAACAAAUGCGUUUUAAAUGUGUACAGCUACAGAAUUGGAAAGCAAAGCCAUAUGUUGCUUUUUGUCUUGUUUUUUUUUUAUAUGUAUAUAUAUGUUUUGUUGUGAUGCUUUGUCUUCUAUGAGUGUCAGAAACAUUGCACAGCAGCAGUGAAUUCAAAAUGAUUGUGGGAGCAAAGACGCUGUGUGCAGUUUUAAUAUUUAUCGCUGAAAACCGUUAUAAAUCACAUUGGUUGGUUUAAAAAACACACGAUAUAUAAACAGUAAUCUGCUGCGAUGCUCUAUAAUUCAACACGACUAGUACAAAUACUAAAAGUCUUUAACAUGAAGCCCCUUUUUCAUAAUUUUACAAGAUUUAGUUGAUAACGCUGAAGUUCAACCAUUAAACCCAUAAUUUCUCCAAUUUUCUAAUUAUUUUUUUUGCUCUUCCUCUCACUGAAUAGUCACAUAGUAAGGGUUAAACAGCUUGCAGUGUUGAUACGCUAACAUAAUCCUCUCAGUCAGAUGUAUGACUGGUAAGAGAUGAAUAAAGAUUAGUUAGUAUCUGCGAGAUAAAAGUAACACUUUACCAGUGAUGGAAUAAUUCAGGUGUGAAGAGUUUUUACUGUGAAAAUCACAUUCCUCUCCGCAAACGUGGAAAUCCAUCACUAGUCAUUAACCAAACUGUUAAAUUUGUUGUUUGUCUACUCACAGAGCCAACAUUUGUUUUUGGCAGAUUUUUAUUUUAUUUCAAAACAUUUUAUGUGAUUUUUUAAAGUCUGAAAGUAGCCAGACAAUUUUGGGACGUAUUUGAACACCCAUUAGCUUGUUGUUGUAGGUGGUGCCUGAACUUCACCUGUUUACUCUGGACUCCUGUUUGUAAGAAUGUAGUCCUCCAGGUUUAAGACCUUUCCCUGACUGGCACCAACAACAUAAAGAAUGUAUUUUCUCCAAAUCAUCCACCAUCUACUGUAUCAGUGUCUACUGAAUGUAGUUCCAGGAGGCGUGACGAACAAAUCCGCUUUAAAAAAAAAACAAAAACAACAACAACAAAAAAACCAGCAACUAAAAUCCUUAACAGUAUCGCAUCGCAACACAAUGCACUAACCCUCUCUGACAAACAUGCUCACACACCUUAGGCACUUUUGUGAACAUCAGCUCACAUACAGGAAAAAUGUGGACGUAACUAGUAAUUUGCAAACACGCACACCGCAAACGUGUCAUGGAUUACGGUUCUGGUUCCUCAGGGAUGCAGCGGCCGAGCGGCGGUCGCACACAAAAAAAACAAAAAAAAACAAA